AUGAAUACUCAAAGUAUUAGUGAAAGUAUAAGUGAAAAAAAUAAAGAAAUCAAAAUUAUUGAUAAGUUUAAGUAUCGUUUUCACAAAAUGUUGGCCAAUGAUGUCGAGCGUUGGAGUUGCACAAAUAAGAAAUGCAAAUGUUAUUUUAAAAGAAGUGGAUCACUGUUAUUAGUAAAUGAAAGUAAACUAACUGAUCAUCGUCAUGAACCGGAUUCCUCUGAAUUAUUAAAGAGACAAAGUAUUCGAAACAAUUUGAAACGAAAAGCAACAGAAGAUAUCACUUUAAGGCCGGCAACAUUGAUACAUAGUCAAAUAAAUAGAGACGGAAUCGAUGAUUUGACAACUGAUGAUAUUUCAUGUAUACGCAGAGGAAUUUAUAUGGCCAGAAGAAAGAUAUUACCAACUCUACCAAAAAAUAUAAAACAAGUACAUGAAACAAUCGAAUUGUUAAACAUAAAAACUAUUCAAGGUGAACCAUUUGUACUAAUUAAUGAUAGAAUAAAUAAUAUCAUCAUGUUUUCGUGUACUAGUAACUUACAAUCAUUAAACUUAGUAAAAGAAAUAUCCGUAGACGGUACAUUCCGUUGUAGUACAAAAUAUUACUUACAGUUAUUUACUAUUCAUGGUAUGUUGAAUGACUAUUAUAUUCCUCUUGCUUUUUUUUUACUUAACAGUAAAGAAUGUAACGCUUAUGAAAAUGCAUUUAGAGGCUUAAUUAACGAAUGUUCCAAAAUUGAUUUAAAUUUUAAUCCUGAAGUAAUUCACGUUGAUUUUGAAUCUUCUAUUCAUAAAGCAGCUAAUAUAGUUUGGCCAUUAAUAAAAAUACAAGGAUGUCAUUUUCAUUUGGGCCAAUCAUGGUGGCGUAAGAUCCAAGAACUUGGGUUGACCUCAGAGUACAAUAAUUCAUCCAGUGAAGUAGGAUCAUUUUUAAAAUAUAUUUUCUGUUUACGCCCGAGAAUUUGA